GGCACGCGGGUAGGUAGGCUAGAGUCCAGAGGAGGGGGAGCAGAACGUGCUGGUGUGUUUUUCCGCUCCUCGCGCAGUGCGUGGGUCUGCGGGUCCGAGGAGGUGCGGAGCACUCGGACUCACUGGACCUCCACAGUGCGCGUGUGAGUGCGGAGGGUCCCUGCUUGGAGGCGGAGAAGAUGGCUGGAGGACGUCUGCUGUUGGGGGGCGACUUCCUGUCGCCGCCGCCGCUGCCCCCCCUCCCGCCGCCGCCACUGCCGCCCCUCCCGCCGCCCCCGCCUGAGCCAGUGCUAGAGCAGUGGCGCUAUAGCCACGAAAGUGACUGGCAGUGGGCUCUGCGGCGUAGCUUCAUCUGUCGUCACCUGCACAGCUAUCCUGGGGCUGCCCUCGACCAGCUCCUCGCGCUCUCCGCUGCCUGGACCAACCACGUUUUCCUGGGCUGCAGGUACAGCCCUCGCUUGAUGGAAAAAAUUCUUCAAAUGGCCGAAGGUAUUGAUAUCGGAGAGAUGCCUUCAUAUGAUCUGAUGCUGUCCAAACCUUCCAAAGGUCAAAAACGCCACCUCUCAACAUAUGAUGGUCAAAAUCCUACUAAAAAGCAAGCCGGUUCCAAAUUCCAUGCGAGACCUCGUUUUGAGCCUGUCCAUUUUGUAGCUAGUAGUUCAAAAGAUGAAAGACAGGAAGAUCCUUAUGGCCCUCAAACAAAAGAGGCAAAUGAGCAAACACGUUUUGCCAGCAUGCCAAGAAACAUCUACCAAGAUUAUACUCAAGACUCUUUCAGUGUACAAGAUGGGAAUUCUCAGUAUUGCGAUUCAUCAGGAUUUAUUUUCACAAAAGACCAGCCUGUAACAACCAACAUGUAUUUUGACAGUGGGAACCCUGCCCCAAGCAGCACAUCACAGCAGGCAAACUCUCAGUCAGCUCCCGAGCCUUCACCUUCACCUUCACAGACAUACCCUGAGUCAGUGGUAGCUGAGAAGCAGUAUUUUAUUGAAAAAUUAACAGCAACUAUCUGGAAGAACCUUUCUAAUCCAGAGAUGACUUCUGGAUCAGAUAAAAUUAAUUAUACAUACAUGUUAACACGUUGUAUUCAAGCAUGUAAGACAAAUCCUGAGUAUAUAUAUGCUCCUUUAAAAGAAAUCCCUCCUGCUGAUAUCCCCAAAAAUAAAAAACUUCUAACAGAUGGUUACGCUUGUGAAGUUAGAUGCCAAAAUAUCUACCUAACCACAGGUUAUGCUGGCAGCAAGAAUGGGUCCAGGGAUCGAGCUACUGAGCUAGCGGUAAAACUCUUGCAGAAGCGUAUUGAGGUUAGAGUUGUCCGGCGGAAAUUCAAGCACACAAUUGGAGAGGACCUUGUGGUGUGUCAGAUUGGCAUGCUUUCCUAUGAAUUUCCUCCAGCUCUGAAACCACCGGAAGACCUGGUGGUGCUAGGUAAAGAUGCUUCUGGGCAGAAUUUUAAUUCUUCUGCCAAACACUGGACCAAUUUUGUCAUUACGGAAAAUGCAAACGAUGCCAUUGGCAUCCUUAACAAUUCUGCCUCUUUCAACAAAAUGUCAGUUGAGUACAAAUAUGAGAUGAUGCCAAAUCGCACCUGGCGUUGUCGAGUGUUUUUGCAAGACCACUGUUUAGCUGAAGGUUAUGGAACCAAGAAAACAAGUAAGCAUGCAGCUGCUGAUGAGGCUCUAAAAAUUCUUCAGAAAACACAGCCCACUUACCCAUCUGUCAAAAGUUCUCAGUGCCAUUCGGGCUCUUCACCCAGAGGAUCUGGAAAGAAGAAAGAUAUAAAGGAUCUUGUGGUUUAUGAGAAUUCUUCAAAUCCUGUGUGCACCUUGAAUGACACGGCGCAGUUUAACCGAAUGACAGUCGAGUACGUCUAUGAAAGGAUGACAGGCCUCCGCUGGAAAUGCAAGGUGAUCCUCGAGAGUGAAGUUAUUGCAGAAGCUGUUGGGGUGAAGAAAACUGUCAAAUACGAAGCUGCUGGUGAAGCUGUGAAAACCCUCAAAAAGACCCAGCCAACCGUCAUCAACAACUUGAAGAAAGGAACUGUCGAAGACGUGAUUUCAAGAAAUGAAAUUCAGGGCCGCUCGGCAGAAGAGGCUUACAAACAACAAAUCAAAGAAGAUAACAUAGGAAAUCAGCUGCUGAGAAAGAUGGGCUGGACGGGUGGUGGUUUAGGUAAAUCUGGUGAGGGCAUCCGGGAGCCUAUUUCAGUCAAAGAGCAGCAUAAGCGGGAAGGGCUUGGUCUUGAUGUAGAGAGGGUCAAUAAAAUUGCCAAGAGAGAUAUCGAACAGAUCAUCAGAAACUACGCCCGCUCGGAGAGCCACACGGACUUGACUUUCUCUACGGAGCUGACUAAUGAUGAACGGAAGCAAAUACAUCAGAUUGCUCAGAAGUACGGCCUGAAGAGUAAGUCUCAUGGGGUGGGCCAUGAUAGGUACCUGGUGGUAGGUAGAAAAAGACGGAAGGAAGACCUACUAGACCAGCUCAAACAGGAAGGCCAAGUGGGGCAUUAUGAGCUUGUUAUGCCUCAGGCAAAUUGAGAUCUUACUCAUUUUGUAAAUGCCAAAUGAGGCUGAUUUAUCAAUUAAAAGAAAUGCUACUUGUUCUCCUUGCAGAGUAUAUUCAUUCUUAACACGUUUCAUCUCGUUCAUUUCAUAUAGUGCUUUAUUAGAUAUUGGAAUCUGAAGAAUUCUGUCCACUUGCAGUAGCUUACUCCAGCUGAUGAUAUUGUGCAGUUACUGUUUGUGUCUUUGAUAUUGCUGUGUCCCUCCGAUUUUAGUAGCUUAUACAAGCAAGUACACAUAUCCAAAUGGAAUUUCACCCUAAGAAAGAAAUUCACAUUUUAAAGGGCAUAGCACAGCAAUCUGCAACAAUAUGUAAAGUCGAUAUUGACUCCAGUAAAACUACAGUUUUAAUUCCAGACAUACUGGAAAUGUCAGAUCAUUUUGUAUUAUCUAUUUUCAUCUUUGUGUGAAGCCAGUUAUAGAAUGUUUAAUAGUAAAUUGUGCUGUAUGUGUAAAUGUACUUAUCAACUAAAUGAUGUAAAACUUUCUUAAAGUAAUUUUAGUGUUCAUUUAUUUAUAACUUCUAUCAUGUGAUUUCCAAAAUAUUGGAAGUGAUUUACUGUAUCUUGUGAUAUAUGGGUUUUAACAAAUUCUAGUCUUCAUGCUGAGAGAGCACUACUUGAGAGAGCAGUUGAAAAGGUUCAAAAACUUUGAUCCAGUCUGAAGAAAGGAAGCUUGAACUGUUUGUUCUUGGUGCCUUGCAGAGAGACUCACAGCAACCCUCCAUUGUAGCUUUCACACGGUUUGGAUGUACCACACAUCCAGAGCAGCCACAGCUGUGGUAGAACUUGGUAAACGACUGAAGAUACAUUGGUGCUUUGAUGAAAAGGUCAGUUGGCUGGUCCCUCUCUCAAAAAGCUUAUUAAGCCCCCAAAGCCAACUUUGUAACAUAUUUAAAACUGCUAUUUUCGCUUAUUUCUGGAAUGUAAAAAAAAGAAAAUGUAUAAAAAGAAUUAGUGUAUGCUUCCUGAAUAAAAAGGAGCCAAA